AUGGCCACCACGGAAGAAAGCGCGGCGGGCCCAAAGCCACCGCCGAUUAGUGACGCUAUGAAUGAUGAAUGCUUUGCGUCCCUCUACAAGAAAAUGACCUCGUUCGUCACCGACUACAUGUCCAGCUACGACCCAUCGCACGACAUGGCACAUGUGCAACGAGUGGUAUCACUGUCCAUGAAAAUCCUACAUGGCGAGCAAGGCCUUCACCCAGACAUAGGGUACAACCCUACAGUGGUCAAACUGGCUGCACUGCUCCACGAUGUUGAGGACAGAAAGUACUCGUCCAACGCAGCUCUAGUAGCGCAAGUGACCGGAAUAUCCGAGUCAGAGGUUCUCAAAGCAGAGGGCACGCAUCAGCAACAGCCCUGCUCAAUAGCCUCCUAUGUACUCAGUGCCCACGGCAUGGAUGCACGGCUGGCCGACAAAAUCCAAAAAAUUAUUUACCAUGUCUCGUACUCGAAGGAGUGCAAGGACCCGGAACUGGUCCGGAAUAUGGUGUCUCAAUAUCCCGAGCUGGGUAUUGUCCAGGAUGCAGAUCGGCUGGAUGCCCUUGGAGCCAUCGGGAUCGGACGGUGUUUUACUUUCUUGGGCGCGCAGGGAAAGAAGUUUGUGGGACCAGAUGGGAAAUGGGAGAUGGAAAAUUCGAUUCAGCAUUUCGGGGAGAAGCUGGAGAAGCUGGAGGGGAUGAUGAAGACCCAGACGGGGCGGAAGAUGGCGAGGGAGCGGACGGCACGACUCAAGAUUUUCAAGGGGUGGUGGGAGGAGGAAAUGCUGGAGUCGUUUUAG